AAACCUCUCCAUUAUGGACACCAAACAGAGAAGCCAAAUCCUUCUCAGUUCGUUAUGUUAUUUCCUGUUGAUUGGUCUCUCUCAUUCAUUUGCAGACACGUUACUUCAAGGCCAACAGCUCAAGGACUACGAUCACCUGAUUUCAGCUGAUGGGACUUUCAAAUUAGGAUUCUUUAGCCCUGGCACUUCCAGAAGCCGAUAUUUGGGAAUAUGGUACAACAUGGUGGAUGAGAAUGAAGUUUUCAUUGCCAAGAAGAAGGUGGUGUGGGUUGCCAACCGAGAUAAUCCAAUCUCUGAUUCAGGCGACAUUCUGAAAAUAGACGAAUCAGGCAAGUUGACAAUUUUAUAUAAUGAAGGCAGCUCCAGUUUUCCUUUAAGUUCUGUUGAAGCAGCUAGUAAUGUAAGUGCAACACUAUUGGAUUCAGGGAAUUUCGUGUUGAAAGAAUUUAAUUUAGAUGGUUCUACAAAGCAGAUUCUAUGGCAAAGCUUUGAUUACCCCACAGACACACUCUUGCCUGGGAUGAAACUUGGAUUUGAUGAAAGAAAAAUGCAAGUGUGGUCGCUCACUUCAUGGAUAAAUGACAAUAUCCCAGCCCAAGGGUCUUUUUCUCUUACCAUUGGCAUGGAUCGCGACAAUAGUAGCAGUCAAAUUGUCAUAUGGUGUAAAGGAAGCAUAUAUUGGACAAGUGGAAUGUGGCAAAAUGGGCGUUUUGAACUAGUGUCUCAAUUAUCAAACGAAGGCAAUCCAAACUUUCGCUUCAUCUCCAAUGAUGGCGCAAAUUACUUCACAUAUUCCCUGAGUGAAAGUGAAAAUCAUAGUUUAUCAAGAUAUAUGAUAGAUUCAAGUGGUUCUGUACUAGAAAUAAGGGGUAUGGCACCAUUUGGUGCUUGUUCCUACAAACCUGAUCCUGGCUGUGUGGCACAAAAGAUGCCUGAGUGCAGGAGCCAGAAUGUUUCGUUCGAGGCAAGGAAAGGAUUCAUGUCUGCUGAAGGACAGAAGUUCGAUCAAAGUUACAACUUGAGCCUUUUUGAUUGUCAAGCAGAGUGCCUGAACAAUUGUUCUUGUGCAGCAUAUGCUUAUACAAGUGUCAACCAAACUGUUUGUGAGUUAUGGGGUCAGGAAAUUACAUUCACAAAGAAACAUGAUGAAACCAGAGUCAUAUAUGUCCUCAAAGGAAAGAAAGCAAAGAGGUGGAUAUGGUCUGCCAUAACAUUUCCUGUUCUUGUGGCUAUACUUGUGGCAUGUUCAGUGUACUACUUUAUGCAAAGAAAUAGAACGGCAGCAGAGAAUGAUGCAGAGCAGGAGAUUUUACUACGCGAAUUAGAAGCUGCUGCAACAGAUUACAGUGGAACUAGGACACUAAAUAAAGUCAGGAGAGACUGGAAGAAGAGCCAUGAGCUACAUUUUUUCAGCUUUGAAAGCAUAGUUUCUGCUACAGAUAAUUUUGCAGCUGCAAAUGAGCUUGGUAAAGGUGGAUUUGGACCAGUUUACAAGGGAGAAUUACAUGGCCAGCAAGUAGCAGUAAAAAGACUAUCAAGAAAUUCUGGGCAAGGACUAGAAGAAUUUAAGAAUGAACUUUUGCUUAUUGCCAAGCUGCAGCACACUAAUCUGGUCAGGCUCGUUGGCUGUUGCAUUCAGAGAGAAGAGAAGAUUCUAGUCUACGAAUUCAUGCCGAACAAGAGCUUGGAUUCUUUUCUAUUUGAUCCUACCAAAAAGAACUUAUUGGACUGGAAAAAACGCCUCCACAUCAUAGAAGGAAUUGCUCAAGGACUUCUUUACCUACAUAAAUAUUCAAGAUUGAGAAUAAUUCAUAGAGAUUUGAAAGCAAGUAACAUCUUGCUUGAUGCUGAAAUGAAUCCCAAAAUAUCAGAUUUUGGCAUGGCUAGAAUAUUUGGGAGGAAUGAAUCAGAAGCAGAAACAAGAAGAGUCGUUGGAACACAUGGCUAUAUGGCUCCGGAAUAUGCUUUGAAAGGCAUUGUUUCAAUUAAAAUAGAUGUGUUUAGCUUUGGGGUCCUCCUACUUGAGAUAGCGAGCAGCAAGAAAAAUAACAGCAACUAUGGUUCUGAAUAUCCACUAAACCUUAUAGGACUUGCAUGGGAGCUAUGGAUUGAACACAGAGGCUUAGAGUUGAUGGAUCCAACUUUGGAUGAAUCAUGCCCUCAUAAUGAAGUUCUAAGAUGCAUUCAUAUCGGACUCCUGUGCGUACAAGACCAGGCAACAAAUAGACCCACCAUGUCAGAUAUUGUUUCUAUGCUAACAAAUGAAACUUUAGAUCUACCUGCACCCAAACAACCGGCAUUUUUUCUUCACAGAUUUGAGGAAGAGCCAGAGGUACCCAAAAACAAUUCGGAUAAGUUCUCCAACAACAAUGCAUCAGUUACAGUGGUGGAAGCAAGAUAAUUUUUCUACUUUAACACCUAAUCUGUACUUACCUCAAUUAAUAUAGUAGAUGUAAAUAUUAACAAUGGUUUGAGUGAUAUUUCUGAGGUUUUUUCAUCUUCUUGAAUGAUAUUUCUCUAUUAUCUUUGAUAAAAAAAAAAGGGAUUCAAUUUUCAAAA